AUGUUGAUGUGUGACUACCAAGGUCGUACACUGAUCGAACGAAGAAAAGGGUCGGAAAAAGACAAGAAGAAUGCCGAAAGGUCCUGCUCGAACCAUCCGCGACAAGAUCGCAAGAAAGAAAGUACUUUGUCCAGAGAGAGAGUAAGUGGCUGCAACUUCAUUUAUUCUCGUAUCUAUUUUGCCUCUAACUUUUCAGACACCGCGCGCACAGGCGUAAUAUCAAAUGCACCAUUUUUAUCGUUUUUUCUUCUGAGAAUUGCACUACAGUAUGCGGGAGUCUUUUCCUUUUACCGCUCACCUUGAGAAGCGCACGCGUCAUUCCUUUUCUAUUCCUCAUUCCGAAUCUUUAAGCAUGCCGCUUGUUGUAUGUCCCCCGUAGACGUUCCCCACAUGUUACCAAGCAGUUCCAGUUCUAUCUCUAUGCCCAACAAGUAGGUGGAACUCAAGCAUUUUUUGAUAAGUUUAAAAGUACUUAGUAGUUAAAUGAACACAAUAGUCCGAGACAAAGCUCGAACCUCCCACCGAACUACUUUCUGCAAGUCCACCCAUCUGUGCACACAACCUUUUGAUGUUACGCCAGCCCCGGCGUGAUCCCCGACCGCGACCCGAUUUUCGCGUUGAACACGAAAUAUCCACCUCCAUAUCGUGGUACUGUUUCCCACCCAAAGUAAAAAUCCCUUCUCAGGCGACCGCUUUUCAUCGUGCUAGAGUAAAAAGUGCGCUUUGUAUAUACCAUUUUUUGUGUUCGCACUCCGCUUCC